UGCAUCGAACCUUGCGAACCUUGACCCGGCAACCUCGCGCCCGCGUUCUCUUUGCACGACCGCCGAAGCCAACCACGUCACCUCAACCUUUCAGGUUCAGGCCGCCCUCCUCCGUCGUCGCCGUCGCCCAAUUCGAAACCUCAACAACAUCAGACUUGUCGUCUCUGCAUAGCGCAACCUUGAGGCGCAUCUUCCAUCCCUCGUCCCUCUACGCGACCCCACACGUUUUCUCUUUUGUCGCAUCUUCGCGAUAUCGUCGCAAGCCAUUACCAACCUUCGCGCCACCGACUGCCGGCGGUUCACGACAUCGCGACCCUAGCCAAAGCGCAGCGCUACCAACUCAUUAGACCUUUGCUCUACACACUCACACCUCGCCAACAAUGGCCUCCUCGCGCAAGAGACCAAGGGCGUCCGAUGCCGACCGCCAGGACCGAGUGCAGGAAAGGAAGGAGGACAAGGAUAACACCCGAGCCGAAUGCCCAUUCCAGGUUCACAUUGUCGACCCCGUGGUGGAAGAGAAGAAAAAGAACAAGAAGCGCAGACGCACUGUCGGAGGCAAGGCCGAGUCGGUCGACGACGAGGACACAGACCCAGCGGACAAGAUCAACUUCCAGCAGUCUCCGUUUCAUCCGUCGGGCAAGUUCAAGACGUACCCGAACAUGGAUGUACACUACAAGGUCGAGCCGGCUAAGGAUUGGACCGACAUGACGAGGUACAACAGCUUUGUGUUGAAUAAUGUUAAAUACUUUGCAGAGAACUUCAUCUAUGUCGCCAAUGACUUGAGCAUAAAGAAGAAGGAGCCAAAACAAGGGGGAAAGGGGACCGAAAGCGAGGCGACGGCCCCGAUACAAAGGCGGGACACCGAGUGGGUUGCCAGGAUCCUCGAAAUCCGCGCUAGGGACGAGCACCACGUCUUCGCCAGAGUUUACUGGAUGUACUGGCCUGACGAGCUACCGGCCAAGACGCGCGAUAGGAAAAGGAUUGUCGAAGGGAGACAACCGUACCACGGGAUGGGCGAGCUGAUAGCGUCUAAUCACAUGGAUAUUAUCAAUGUGGUCAGCGUUACCGAGCCCGCGAUCGUUAAGCACUGGUUCGAGGAGAACGAUGAGGAGACGCAGGAUAGUCUGUACUGGCGACAGGCCUAUGAUGUGCGAUCUCAGGAACUUUCGACCGUCGAGCUCGUAUGCGGCUGCAACACCCCAGCGAACCCUGACAAACUGCUAGUCGGAUGCUCUUCUGAAUCAUGUAAGAAGUGGUUGCACGAAGAAUGCAUCAAGGACCAAGCCCUAAGGGCGACAUUCGAACGACUCGGCACAGACAAGCCUCACAUCCCAGUAAAGGAGGAGAAGGUGGACAAGAAAGAGGAGGACGAUGAGGAAGGCAAGGCCAAGACGGAAGCAAACGGCGACGCGCAAGAACGAGGAGAGUCCUUGGACGUUAAGGCCGAGAAGGACGCCGCCCGAACCAACGGUAGCAGCAACGGCAACCGCGCCCUCAAAGCCGGCAGCGAAGACGCCAAACCCGCGCCCGAAGACAUCCCCGAAGCCGAAGCCGAGGACGAGAACUCGACCGCCUCAGGGCUACCACUUCGUUCUAGGAGAACAAGGACGCCCAGCGCAAAGACAUCAAAGUCAACGACCCCCGCCCCGACAUCAGCACCAGGAUCAUCAACCACAGGGACAACGACGACGGCAACGAUAAAAACAGAAGGGCGGAAACCCGGCCGACCCCGCAAAAAGUCCCUAGCCCCUCCCGGGGCCAAGGUGACCAACAAGGAAAGACCAUGGGAAGGCUUAUUUUCUGUCACGCUCGAAAUGAACGGCACGCCUUACCUUGAGUUUACCGAUCUUCGCUCUGACGUCGUGGCUAAGGGGGGAGCGAAGACUUGGACGGAACCUAUCAAGUGUCUUGUGUGUGGCGCGCUCGUCAAUUAGAAGAUGAACGUUGGUUCUUCUUUUCAUGCUCUGCUUCAUCCUC